ACCUCACUUAAACAAUGACACACUCAAAUGGAUAUGCGUAUUUGAAUACUUACCAAAGUCUUCCUAUUUUGGUGCAAUUUAGUUUCCUAUUUUCUUGCAUCACACAAACUUACCGUAAUUAAUUAAUUAAUGUUUAAUAUAUAUAAUCUACUAGCUAACACAUGAUUUACUUUUAUAUACCAUAAAUUAUUUUGCACCAUUUCCUUUAAGCUCAUCACCCACUCCACUCACACAAUCAUGCGAUCUUUUCCGCCGUCACAUCCAUCCCCCGCAUACAUCGAAAACGAUACGCAUCAUCAUCAUCUACAUGAAGACUUCACUCUUAUGAUCAUCGUCUUCGUUUUGUAUGGCAUUGUUGCCAUAAGGUAUGUAACCUUUAAUGAUGGUUCUCGUGGAACUAAUCUUAGCUUCCAGAGACAGCUACCGCCACUGCAGCCGCCAAUGUGUCCGCGGCAGAUUGAGGCGAUGAUUAAGGACAUAGUUGUUGACGUGGAAUUGUGUUGUCCAAUAUGUCUUGAGGAUUUGAAGAAGGUUGAUGAUGAUAAUGGCCGUGGCGAUGAUGAUAAAGUCGUGGUUUGUUUAUCCAAGUGCCAUCAUAGUUUCCACAUGAAGUGCAUUUUUUCUUGGCUUAGACAAAGUCAGGAUUGUCCCAUUUGUCGUACCUCUGUUUAUCGAGGUGAAGUUACAUUGAUCAAUAAUGGUGUAGGCCUAGGAGAUCAAGCGUAGCGUUAUAAACCAUAUUUUAACAUAAUUUUGGUUUUCGUGUUUCGUUUAUUAUCUUCACUCACUAGUAUCAUUAUUUUUCGUCAUAAAUGUCACUUCCUAUUUAUUUCUUUCGUUCUGUAAUUGUUCCAUU